AUUGCUCUCAUAUUUUACCAAUUUCAACCGCCAAGAUGCCCAGGGAAGCCGAGCCGUCAGCGAAUGAAAAGGCCUUUGUCACACAAGCUCUUAAGGAGAACUUGAGACUUGAUGGCCGGGAAUUCGACCAAUAUCGAAAAGUCCAGCUCACUUUUGGCGAUGAGUAUGGAGUGGCCAACGUCGAACUCGGCAAGACGAGAGUCCUCGUCAAAGUCUCCGCAGAAGUGACGGUCCCCUACUCAGACCGCCCCUUUGAGGGCGUCUUCCAAAUCACCACCGAGCUCAGCCCCAUGGCCUCCCCGGCCUUCGAGGUCAACCGCCCAACCGAGGCCGAGGUCCUCCUCUCCCGUCUCCUCGAGAAGACGGUCCGCCGCUCGGGCGCCCUCGACACGGAAUCCCUCUGCCUCGUCGCCGGAAAAAAGGUAUGGUCCGUCCGCGCCGACGUCCACGUCCUCUCCCACGACGGCAACCUCACCGACGCGGCCUGCCUCGCCGUCGUCGCCGCCCUGCGCCACUUCCGCAAACCCGACACCUCCAACGAGGGCGAGAGCCUCACAAUCUUCACGCCCGCCGAGCGCGAACCCGUUCCCCUGAGCUGGCUGCACAGCCCCUUUUGCGUGACGUUUAGCUUCUACGGCGACGAGGGGGAGAUUACGCUCGUCGACGCGAACUGGCUCGAGGAGCAGCUGCGAACGAGCAGCGUGACGGUCAGCCUGAACAAGCACGGCGAGAUUAGCCAGAUUUCCAAGCUCGGAGGCACCCCCGUCGAGGCGGUGACGCUGCUACACUGCGGCAACGUGGCGUUGCAAAAGGCAAAGGAGUUCUCGACGAUAGUGGACGAGAGGUUGGCGGACGAUGCGAAGCGGAGGGACAAGGGUGGUCUCAUAUCAGAGCUGCUGUCGGCGGAGAACGACAGAGUGGUGGACGCAUAG